AUGAAUUCCUAACUUGAUGAUGGUAGCAAAAAUUCUUUAUUAAAAUAGUAUUACAUAAAAAGAAAUUUACAAAAAUUGCCAAAAAUUCUCCAAAAUCCAAUCAAGAUGAAUGUUUAGAGCCACCAUCAUUUUUUGAAAGUUUUUUUCUUGAUAAUUCUGGUUAAUCAAGCAAAUAGUAGACACCUAAUAUUUAGGAUCAAAUCAAUCAGGUUUUAAAUGAAAAUUGUAAUCAAUGGGCUGAUAUUUAUGAGUAAAGAAAGGCUUAGAAAAUAAUGUACAGCAAAAAUAAACUAACAAAAAAUAAUUAGGAAAUUUAAUCUGCCACUAAAAUUGCAUUACUAAUUAAUUGUGUUAUAACAUUUUGGAACAAUAUAUUUAAAGCUUUAUUGGCAGUUUUAUUCCCUCAUCUUAUUCUCUUAGAAGAGGAUGAGAGCAUUAAUAAUUUAUCUUAAUUUUUAUUAUUUUAUAUUCUAACCAUUACUUUAACUUAUACCUUUUGUUUAUGUAUACAAAUAAAGUAAACAGAGAAUUUGUCAAAUUUAUGUAAUUUUAAACUUAUUAAUGACUUUACAAUAAGAAAUAUAUUAAUCAUAGGAUUACUUUUGAUUCUUAUUUUUUUGAAUACAUAAAUCAUAGUAAUAAUUUUGUCCUUUUAUUUUUUUUAUGAAGGCUAUAAUCAUAUUGAAAUGUUUUUUAAAUUACUCAUAAUUAAAAAAAGUAUAAUAAUCUAAUAAAUUUUAGAAAAGUAUUUUAACUAUCUGGCCAUUUCAAAGAUAAUAGUUUAUUAUCUAUAUUUAAUUCAUCUAUUUAGUUGCAUAUUAUACUAAAAUGAUUAUUAACUUAGAUAUAGGGAUUCAUUAUUUAUAAAUAUCAAUUUUUUCACUUUUCAAACAAAUUAUUAUGUAACUGAAUCAACAUCUAAUUUAACUAUGAUAUUUAGUUAGAUUGUAGGAUUAAUUAUGUUAUUUAAAACUAUUGAUGUUAUAAUAUAGAUUAGAAUAAAUAAUAUAGAAUUGUAAAAUAAACCUAAAAUAAAUGUGCAUAUUCUACAUUAUUAUAUUUGGCAUCACAAUGGAAAUCUAAUUGAAAAGUUUAAGAUGUUUACUUAAUUAAAUAAUAGUAGUUUACUAAAAAAAUAAGUAAUUAUAAUAAAUAUUAUAGAUAUGUUAAAAUAUUAUGAGAAUCAUCUUUCAAUAAAUAUUAGAAGAUUAUUUAGAAGUUUCUCAUUUUUUUACAAAACAAUUUAUAAUAAACUUAUCAGAUAAAGUUAAAGUCUUGAGAAAAGGUAAUGAAUUAGAUGUUAACGAAAAUUGUGGAUUGUAUUUAAUUUUAAGGGGAUAAGGAUAAAUUAGUUAUAAAAAGGAAGGAUUAAGAUAAUAUGAAUAAAAUACGAUUGAGAAGGUGUUUGGAUUGAUUGAUUGCUUUUAAAAGAACAUCUCAGAUUUAAAAAUAAGUAAAUUUAUUAAUUGAAUUUAGAAUUUAAUAAUAAUUUCUUAGUUUUGUUUGUAAAAGAUGAAGAUUUUAAAGCAUGUUUGAAUUCAAAUUAAGAUAUAGUAAAUAACUUAUAUAUAUAAUAGGAAACAUUCCAUAUGAUAUAAAAUAAAAUAUUUUUUGAAGGAGAUACAUUUUAGGUCAAUUAUAGAUGUCUUAUUUGUAGAGGAUUUCAUUUAAUGAGAAGAUGUCAAGUUUAAUAAGAUGUUUACAAAUUGAUUUUAAAAGAUUAUCAUUAAUAGAAUAAUAGAAGGAAAAUGUAAAGAAGAUUGAAAAGGAGACCAUAUGCUUAUGAAAUCUUUGUAGUAAAUGUAUUAUAAAUAAUUUGAAGAAAAAAAGAAAGUAAUUGAUAAAUAUAACUGCUCAUUCUGAAGUUGAAAGUAGUGAAAGUAGCAGUAAUAAUGAAUAAUUUCAGAUAUAUCAAGAUGAUGCUAGUGAAAGUUUAAAGUUUAUUGAUAGAAAUAUGAUACUUGGAAAUAGUAAAGGAACUAUAACUAUACCUACAAUUUCAAAGGAGUAAUAAGGUGAUUUCAUUUCAGAUAAGAUAUUAUUAGAUCAAUUGAAAUCAAGUCGUAAAAAAAUCUCCAUUUAACCUUCAAUACAACCUAGUAGUUAAUAAUUUGGUGAUGGUUUAAGAACAGAUUAUAGAAGUUAAUAAUUAUUUCCUUCAGUAUUCAAAUUUUAAGAUAUUGUACCCAUAGAUGACAUUGAUACAAUAAGAGAAUAUGUAUAUUUCUAUCCAGAAUUCAACAUUAGCUCUAUAAUUUCGAUGUUACAAAAGUGA